UAACGGGGAACUGAUAGCGCCGCGAUAAGAGGUCGCCGGCUGUCAUUUGGAGACGUCCCGCGGCGGGCCGACGCCCUCCACCCUAUCCGGCCGUGGACACAUCUGGCGCCCGGCCGGGUCAGAGUGUGACUGCGGCAGACGUGAUGUGGCCAGUCGGCGAGAGGGCCCGCUGCUGGCAGGACCCGACCUCCGAGCACCGUCGGCACACGGAGGAGCGUGCUGCUGAACCAUGGCCCCGCUCCACGGCCGGCCGGCGCUGCUGCUGCUCCCGCUGCUGGCAGGAUGGACUCUCAGCCGCGUGGAGACCGUCCCUCUGCCGUCUGGGACCGUCUAUCAGCCGUCUGCGACUCCACCAUCUGCGCCGUCUGGGACCAUCCCUGGGCCGUCUGGGACCAUCCCUGGGCCGCCUGGGACCGUCCCUGGGCCGUCUGGGACCGUCCUUGGGCCGUCUGGGACCGCCCCUCGGCCGUCUGCGCCGUCAGGGACGGCCGCGGCGGCUGGCGGCCCGGCGCCGGCGGUGCAGUACUACGUGCUGGCUCUGUUCUGGCCGCAGACCAGCUGCCUGCAGCACCUGGCCGACACGGGCGCCGGCUGCGCCAUGCCGCCGACCGUCGACGGCUGGGCCGUGCACGGACUGUGGCCGGACGCGGCGGCCGGCAACCCGUACAACUGCUCCGGCCAGCCGCUCAACGCCACCGAGCUGGCGCCGGCGCGCGCCGCCCUGCUCCGGCUCUGGCCAGAGGUGUACGCCGACCGCAGCGCGCGCCAGUUCUGGCAGCACGAGUGGCAGAAGCACGGCACGUGCGCGCUGGCCGCCGGCGACGCGCGCUCGCAGCUCGACUACUUUGUACGCGCCCUGGAGCUGGGGCUGCGCUACGACCCGGGCGCGGCGCUGCGCCGGCCGCUGCUCAGCGAGCUGCGCGUGUGCGUGGACCGGCGCUGGCAGCCGGUCGACUGCUACCCGGCCGACGGCAGCGCCAUCCGCGCGCACCGCUGCGACGGCGCCACGCUGCUGUACCCGCCGCUGCGGUACGAGCCGGUGCCGCGCUGGCCCGACUGGCUGCCCGCUCCGGCCGCCCCGGCGGGAGGACGGCCGCGACUCCUGACUGGCGGCGCGGGCUGA